AUUUUGAAUUUGCCCGGAAGUGCUGUGCCCGCGGUACCCAGCGUCCCGUGCUCAGCGUCCCCCUCCCCGGUUGGUCAGCUGACCGUCGGUCGGUCUGGUGACUGUCGAACUCCUGGAGCUCGCACUGUCACCUGGAUACCAGCAGGCCGAGGCCGGUCUCUGUGUCCCCGUCACUGGAGCUCCUGACCCGCACUGGUUCCUGCCGUCUCCUCGCUGCCUCUUCUGGAGGCCCCGACAAGCCGAGCUCGUCGCGCCCACAGUCGGACUCUAACCCUCCGCUCCUCCGGUUGGUCCCAGUCCGAGGCCGGUGAGCUGGUCGACUCUCUCCCGAGCCCCCUGUGACCCCCUGCCGGCCCCCGCGGCCCGCCAUGGCCCUGCUGGAGCUCGCCCUGCAGGGCCUCGCCGUGUUCGGCUUCAUCCUGUUCUUCGUCCUGUGGCUGAUGCACCUCAUGUCCAUCAUCUAUGUGCGUCUCCACCUCCACAAGAAAAGGUCAGAGGUCAAACAGCCGUUUGUGCAGCUGGCAGGAGUCUCUCUGCUGAAGCCUCUGAAGGGCGUCGACCCCAACCUGAUCUCCAACCUGGAGACAUUUUUUACACUGGAUUACCCCAAGUACGAGAUCCUGCUGUGCGUUCAGGACCAGGACGAUCCAGCUGUUGACGUCUGUAAAAAGUUGUUGGGAAAAUAUCCCAACGUGGACGCUCGAUUAUUCAUCGGGGGGAAGAAAGUUGGAAUCAACCCCAAGAUCAACAACCUGAUGCCGGGCUACGAAGGAGCCAAAUAUGGCCUGGUCUGGAUCUGUGACAGCGGCAUCAGAGUGAAACCUGACACCCUGACAGAUCUGACCAAUCAGAUGACAGAGAAGGUGGGAUUGGUCCAUGGGUUGCCAUAUGUUGCCGACCGCCAAGGCUUCGCCGCCACACUGGAGCAGGUGUAUUUCGGGACGUCCCACCCUCGCUCCUACAUCUCUGCUAACGUGACGGGGAUAAAGUGUGUGACGGGGAUGUCGUGCCUGAUGAGGAAGGACGUGUUGGAUCAAGCCGGCGGAUUGGUCGCCUUCGCUCAGUACAUCGCGGAGGAUUACUUCAUGGCUAAAGCCAUCGCUGACAGAGGCUGGAAGUUCUCCAUGGCGACACAGGUGGCGCUGCAGAACUCUGGGUCGUACUCCAUUGCCCAGUUCCAGUCCCGCAUGAUCAGGUGGACCAAGCUGAGGAUCAACAUGCUGCCUGGGACCGUGCUGGAGCCCGUCUCCGAGUGCUUCCUGGCCAGCCUCAUCAUUGGCUGGGCUGCUCAUUAUGUGUUCAGGUGGGACAUGAUGGUCUUCUUCAUGUGUCACUGUCUCGCCUGGUUCCUGUCGGACUACAUCCAGCUGACUGGAGUUCAGGGCGGGCCGCUGUGCUUCUCCAAGCUGGACUUUGCGGUGGCGUGGUUCAUCAGGGAGUCGAUGGCGGUGCAGAUCUUCCUGUCGGCUCUGUGGGACCCGACCAUCAGCUGGAGGACCGGCCGGUACCGGCUGCGCUGCGGCGGCACCGCCGAGGAGAUCCUCGACGUCUAGUUACCAUGGCAACGGGCAACUUCCUCAUCCUCCUGGAGACCAGGAUGAGGAGGAGACGAGAGAAAGAGACUGAUGUUUGUUUUUGUUUUUUUAUGAGAAAAACUGAAGAGUGUGUGUGUUGGUGUGCGCGCGUGUGUGUGUGUGUGUGUUUAACUAUUUAUGUUCCUUUUGGUGCUAAGCUGAAUGAUGCCAGAACAAGCCAAUGAGAGUGCAGGGAGAGAGUGACGCAUCGCACUGAAUUGGCUGAUCUUAUAUCGGCGCUGAUCUCUGAACCAAUCAACUUUAAUGUUUCAGGAAGUCUGAAAUAAUAAUCUGAGCUGAUUUAAACACGACAGCAUUUAUACUAUAUACAGAAUAUUUUACUUUGAAAACCAUGGGAGCUUUGAUUCUGAUGAUUUUCAAGCUAAAACAUCUGACUUCUCUGUCAGCAGGAAGUCGUCCGUCGUGGUUAAAGGGGACUCGACGGUUCCUGACUUGAGGAGGUGAAUUAUCUCCUUUCACACGUCUGGUUAGAAGAACAGCUCCCCGCUGGACGUCCGUGUGAAAACAGAUAAAACCUCAGAUACAAUGUGAAGCGACCGCUCGGCGAGCGAGGAGAGGCUCGCUGUCUCCGCCGUUCUGCUGAUGUUCUUCAUGUGAACAAAUACAUUUCAUUGAAAGAGAACCGCAUUUCCUGAAGGUGAACAAAGAGGAGACAUUUUCUUUUAGAUUUGUAAAGAAAACGUGUUUGGUCAUUUAAAAAGCUCACAAAUACACGAUUCUGUGAUCUUGUAAGUGUGACGCAGAGAAUCUCAUGUUUACCAGAACUUUAGAACAAAUUAUAUUUAAAAGAAACAUCUUUCGGAUUCAGCUGGGUCUGGACCAGAAACCUGGAUCCUAAUUCUGAAAAGCAGUCAAGAGAAGAAGAAGAAAGUCUUAAAAACUUGUCUGAAUGUGUUUCUGAAGGUUGUGAUGUCACAGUGAUGUCACAGUGUGUUAGAGCGAAAUGUCCGGUUUCUGGUUUUUAAAUUUGACAAACGGACUUUGAACCCGAAGCAGGACUGAACGGAUCAGUAUUCUGACGUUUAACGGUCGCGAUAUUUCAAGUGAUUCACAGAACAAACAAACACAGGACCAAAUAAAGAAAGAAAAGAGACCGCCACAUUUCUGACCUUCUGUUGUGAGUCUGAACGCUGCGUGUGCGAGCGUGUGCGUGCGAGCGUGUGUUUUUUAAAGCCGUGUUGCUUCACUGUUAGCCCUUAGUUGUUAGUGUAGCCCGCGAGGGGGGGGGUUUGGUUGAUGACCUCAGCUUCGAGUCGGAUGAACCCCACCCCCCCAUCAUUGCCGUUGUCCAAUAGGAUCCUGAUUUGUUUAUUGUUGUUGUUUUUUUUAAUUCCACUGACCUGCUGUAGUCUGAACCGACCAAUCACAGUGGAGGAUUGUGUCAACACAGGAACAAUAAAGUUUUAUCCUUUGAAAGCUGAA